GCUUAUGAAAAUGCCCUUUGAAAGCGAUCACUUGUUCGUGAGCAUUGUGGCCUCUGAGGCAUGCGAAACCGACAACGACGAGAGCGGAGUGAUUAUCAAGUUUAAACUUACGACUGGGAUUCAUGUAGAUGAUGAUGAUAAAGCAAGCUCCUGGGAUUUAUUUAAGGAACCCUUUGAUCUGGUGCUACAAGCUUGCAAACCGCCAAUUCCAUGCUUACAGAAAACCAAAGUUGACCACAAUCUGGGUUCUGAGGAAGAUUUAUUCUGUCCAGUUUGUUCAGAACAUCUUCUCAUCGGAUUUGAAGCUGCUUGCACAACAUGCUCUCAUCUGUAUCAUUCUCAUUGCAUCAUUAAGUGGCUAGGAUUGUUCGGCUAUUGAAUCAAGGCCAUCUUUGAUUGUUAUUCAUUAAGAAAUUUAAGCAAGGAUGAACUCCCAUAAGACGAC